ACCUCUCCUAUAUAACCCUAGCUUCCUUUGUUAUUAGGUUUGCCGAAAUAGAGACUCAACCGCCCCUUCUAAAAUUCCUUUCCCCAAUCUUUUUUGCUUUUUCCAGAAUCACAAAAAACGCUAUUUCCACUCCAAAGUACAACCAAUGGAAACGUCUUCCAGAAACAGAUCCUCGCACGGUACAACCCUCCACAGCCACUUCCAGCGCUCCCUCUCCCCCUCCGGCCGAUUCUUCCCCUCCUCCAUCUCGGCGUCUUCCGCCGCGACGUUCUCCGCCCGCUCCGAUCCCCGCCCCGGAUCCGACUCUGUCCUCGCCCGAUCCACCAGCCCUACCCGUGUCAGCCUCGGUAGAUCCGUUUCCCCGUCUUCCUCCGUCCGAUUCUCGGCUCCCCGGAGGCAUCCGAUCGCCUCGCACCACCAGAAGCAGCAGCAGAGCCACCGCUCUCUGCCGAAGAAGACGUGCAUGUGCUCCCCUACGACGCACCCAGGCUCCUUCCGGUGCAGCCUCCACAAGAACAGCAUCGUCCCAGGCUACGGAAACCAGGCGUCGCCGUCUUCGUAUCGGUCCAGCCAUCAAUUGAAUAUGCGGCGCUCGGCGAUGACGAAUUCGCUCGUGCGAAUCGGCACGGUGGAGGGAGAUUUGGUGAAGAGAGCUCUCGCGGCGCUGAUUCGGCCGUCGUCGCACAGCCUGCGCCGCCGGCACGACUUUCAACCGCGGCCGAGCCGGCUUUCCGUCAUGUCGAAAGCCGAUGGGUUAUAAUUUGUGGAAGUAUUGAAUUCUGUCGUUUUGUGUGUACAGGACUGACUCGGUGAGUGACGCGCUGAGUGAACUCGGUCGGAUUAGCCGGUUUUUUACGUGGCUAUCGAAAUUUUGAAUUUGGAAAACCCUCUUUGUGUGAGUUCUGUGGUACUAGUAAAAGAACUCCUGGCGGUUUUCGCUUUUUUCUUUUUUUUCUUUUUUCUUUUUUCUUUUUUCUUUUUUCUUUUUCUACUAUUUUAUUAGCGAUGAAUUGGUAUAUGAUUGAGAAUGGGGUUGAUAGUAAAUUUUAAGAAAUUAAAUUAAAAGCAAAUCAAAUACUGAAUCAUGUUUUUUGUGCAGAUUUGCUGCAAUUUUGGGAAAUUUGUGAUUAUAGAAUUAAGUUCAUUUUUGUUGUUCCGUUUACAAAUUUAUUUUUAAUGUGGUUUUUAUUUUAUUUUAUUCUUUUGUAAAGUUUUGUCUAGGACUAGGAGUACCUGGAAUGCAUUAAAAAUUGGCAGAGAUCUAUGAUCCAGAUUUACCGACCCAAAACUGAAUAAAAAGUCAUUUAUAUCUGUAAGGGGAAAUAGGAAAUCCUAAUUUAUUUAAGUAGUAGUAUAUAUUUUAAUUUAGAGUUUGCUCAAAAUUUGGGUACUCGACAUUGCACCUUAUACAGCUGUGACAUGGAGUACAAAAAAUGACAAAUUUCGUACUAGAAACAUAAAUUUAUUGAGGUAUGUUAUUCAAACUAAUUUUGAAUUUUGAUUUCAACUAUACUACAUAGUUGAAUUCCGAUUUUAAUUCAAUUUUUUUUUGUUAAACUUAAAAUUAUAAGUAAAUUUGAAUUUUGAUUUCAACUAGUCUAGUAGUAUUACAUAGUUGAAUUCCGAUUUUAAUUCAAAUUUAUUUCUUUUGUUAAAGUUAAAAUUAUAAGUAUAUCUUCCAUUCACCAGAGAAAUUUAGUGGUCUGAAGACAUAAAUGCAAUAUGUCCACUAAUUAUAAUUGCAAAGCAAAAGAAUAAAUAAAGAAUAUUUCUAAUUAAUGGAGACGAUACAUUGCUAUAUUUGCAUACCAUUUCGUAUUUACUUCAUAAUUCAUUUUCGUUUUUAAUUUAUCCUAAAUAAAAUAUUCUAUUUUUAUAGUACUACUUGGUAAAAAUUUCUCCUCUCCAUUUUUAUAAGUAUUAAACUAUAUUUUUGUCUUUAUUACUAUUUUCAUACGCCAUUAAAUGUCUUAUCACUAUUAAAAAACUUACUGUACUCCAUCUUUUUCAGGACACAAACCGUUAAAACACGGGACAUCUAUUGCCGGACAAAAGGAGUAUAAUACACUUAAGUUUCCGUUUAAAAUUGCAUAUCAUUUAAGAUUGUGACCAUUAUGAAUUGGAGAAAAAGAAUAUUCUAGAGAUUCGAACAUCUUUUUCCUUUUUUUUCUCCCAUGGACAAAGUUAGAAAAACUUAAAGUAUUGUUAUUUUUGAUUGAAUGCAUAAA